AUGGUUCUGCCCCAGAUUGGCAAUAUUUACUUUAUUACGGCCAUCGCCGUCAUCGGCGGUGGUCUGUUCGGUUUUGACAUCUCAUCCAUGAGCGCCAUCAUUGGCACUCAGCAUUAUCGUUGCUACUUCAAUCAGGGCGGCAUCAACGAGGAAGGCCAAUGCGCGGGUCCGAACGCUGAUGUGCAGGGCGGCAUUACUGCCGCCAUGCCUGGUGGUUCGUUCUGUGGUGCUCUGACCUCCGGUUUCAUAUCCGACAUCCUGGGUCGGAGGCGUGCUAUCCAGAUCGGCGCCAUCAUCUGGUGCAUCGGGUCCGCCAUCACCUCGGCCUCACAGAACAUUGGCAUGCUCGUAGUGGGCCGCUUCAUCAAUGGCUUCGCUGUUGGUAUCUGCUCGGCUCAGGUCCCCGUCUAUGUCGCCGAGCUCGCACCACCGUCCAAAAGAGGUCGUGUUGUGGGUGCCCAGCAGUGGGCCAUCACCUGGGGCAUCCUCAUCAUGUAUUACAUGAGCUUCGGGUGCAGCUAUCUCGAAGGCCCAAGGGCUUUCCGUAUCCCGUGGGCGCUGCAGAUGAUUCCGGCCAUCAUCCUCCUUAUUGGUCUUCUGUUCAUGCCAGAAUCUCCUCGUUGGCUCGCUCGCAAGGACCGUUGGGAAGAAUGCCACAACACUCUCGCUCUUGUUCAUGCCAAGGGCAACAGAGACGCACCGUUCAUUCUGCUGGAACUGCAGGAGAUCCGUGACAUGUGCGAAUUUGAGCGCAGAAACGCCGAUGUUUCCUAUCUCGAACUCUUCAAACCUCACAUGAUCAAUCGCACUCACAUUGGUGUCUUCACCCAGAUCUGGUCUCAGCUGACCGGGAUGAAUGUCAUGAUGUACUAUAUUGUGUACGUUUUUGGCAUGGCUGGCUUGACAGGUAACACGAACUUGAUUGCUUCGUCGAUUCAGUAUGUCAUCAACGUUGGAAUGACGAUCUUUGCCCUUGUCUUUAUCGACCGAUGGGGUCGCCGUCUUCCACUGCUUAUUGGCGCUGCUUGCAUGUGCACCUGGAUGUUCGGCAAUGCUGGUCUUCUGGCAACAUACGGUCGUCCAGCUCCACCGGGUGGAAUUGGAGGCAUCAAGGAACAGUCCUGGCAGAUCGAAGGCGCACCGGCUAGAGCGGUCAUCGCAUUCACCUACCUCUUUGUUGCGUCUUUUGCACCAACAUGGGGUCCGGUCUCUUGGAUCUAUCCCCCUGAGCUCUUCCCUCUGCGCGUCCGUGGCAAGGCCGUCGCCCUCACGACAGCUUCUAACUGGAUUUUCAACUUCGCGCUUAGCUAUUUCGUGCCGCCGGCGUUUGUCAAUAUCAAGUGGAAGACCUAUUUGAUCUUUGGUUGCUUCAAUGUGGCCAUGUUCAUCCACGUCUUCUUCUGCUUUCCAGAGACUUCCGGCAAGACUUUGGAAGAAGUUGAAGAACUCUUCACCACCAAGGUCAAGGCGUGGCAGACCAAGGUUGAGUACCAGAAGUCUCGACGCGAGGAGGCUGGCGAGACCGACCCGGAGAAGAAACUCAGCUACACUCAGAAUGUUGAGCAUCUGCCAACAUCGACUGAGCCAAAGACGGCGUAG